UACGAUCAGAUGCCACUGUUGGCGCACAAUAACGCAGUUGUCGGUUAAAGUUUGAAAAUUUUCAAAAGGAAGUUUCUGAAUAGAAAUGUGAGAAAUGAUCGUUAGGUUGAAUGAUUGAGCAUCAUUUACCAUUAACUUAGAAUUAAUUAAUUACUAAUUCAACGUGUAAGACUGGUCAAUGAAGACUUCACUAAUCCAGUGUCAUUCAAAUACUCAAAAGUUACGAAUAUACGCUCUUAUGUGAGCAUGUAAGUUUUCCAAGCAAAGUUCAUUUCUAUUUUUGACCAAGUUCUAUAUUUUUAAUGUUAAACAGUGCUUGGCUCUAAGAAUAUUCAGUGUUGAACUUGAAUACUAGCAUUCUGUGUUAUUGUGAACGGAGACUAAUUUUGAACAACUCAAUGUGAUAAGUACUCCAAAAUACCAGUUCCUUCGACUUGCUAUAUUAUUGUUAUUUUAUUGCUACUUGUGACAUACCCCAGAGAUUUUAUAUUUACUAAUUAUACUUUAUUUAUUAACUUAUUUAUUUUUAAACUCAAAUUGUAUACAUAUUUCAAUCUGGAAGUAUCAGGCAUGUCUUCCUAGGUUAUAUUUUCAAGACAAAGAUUCAUACCUAUCACUACAGAUAUCUCAAAGACACACGAGUCUUUAAUUCUCUGUACAAACAUUGACAACAGCAAAAGCUCGCCUAAGCGACUGUUACAAAAUUUCAUCCAAAAUGGGAAGUGAAUAUUUCUUUAUGGCAUUAUUCAUUGCCUUGAUGUGCCAAAAUGGGGAUGCUUCGAUACUUGGUUGGAUUUGGACUAGUAAACCAGCCGAAUCCACCGACGUGAUCCCUUCUGAUGGUGUUCCACUAGCAUCGAUCCCAUACGAGUCCAUGACAGGAGAUGAGAAAUUUCUGCAAGAAGCCGCAAAGUUUUCUGAAAUUCAAGUAUCCUCGGCUCUAGAUACUUGCCAGCACAAAGUCGUCAUGAAAAUAAAAACAUCUUGUAGCGACAUGACCGAGGAAGAACUUGCCAAAAUGAGUGUCAGCUUAUUAAAUUGUCAGUCAGCCGCCGAAGGAAGAAAAAUGUUCCCAUGCAGUGAAGAAAUGACCCUCAAACAAUGCACAACCGAAAUGGACCCAGAUAUGUGGAAUGCAUAUCAUCUAAUGAGCAAUAGAGCAAGGGCUGUGUGCUAUGCAGCUAGAAAUAUUCAGUUCAGAGCCCUCACCGAGAUAACUGUGAAUAAACUGAUGCACUCUGCUCAUUCGCAAAUUAAAGCUAUGGGUACAUUAAAGGAGAGUCAAGAUCGUCUUGAAGAACAGACAGUCGAAGCUCUGAACUCUGUUGCCAAAGGGAACAAGGCUCUGCUUGAACAGCAAGAGUCAUUGAGAGAAGCCCAGUCUUCUGCUCAGAGUUUAGUAGCAAAGAACCUCCACGUCUUGAGCAACGAAAAGGCUCUCAUCAGAUCCGGUCAUGCACAGUUGGUUGCUAUGACCGAGGACAUCAGAAAGAAACUGGAAAAAGCAAGUCAGGAACUUGCUGAUCACUCCAUGGAGCGGAACGAGAAUCAUCAGGAAGUUUUGGCGGAUUUGAGAAACAUGCAGGAACAGGCUCAUCAAAUUUGGGACAGGAUAGAAUCCAGCACCAAUCAGAUUAUGGAACAAAAUAUGGAAGCUGCUGAGCAGUAUGAACAGACCUUGAGGCAGCUUGACCAAAUAAAUCAAACUGUACAUUUUCUAUUAGAUUUGACAAACACAUUGAAAGCUGAGGUGGACCAAAAAUUGGGCUGGAUUACAAACUACAUAGGCGAUACCGGUGACCAGUUUGAAAGAAUAUAUCACACCGUUUUGCACGUGAUGUACUUAUUGAUAGCAAUGGUCGUUGCAUCCUUUUUACAAGCACCUUUUUUGACAAGAUUAACCAUCCUGGGAAUUUUGCCACUGAAUCUGUUUUCAUAUUUGACCGAAGGUGCCAAAGCCUCUCUCGAUUUUUGCUCGAUCACCAUGUUGAUAGUUUUAAUAACAGCCAUGCAUUAUCUGAUCGUCAUGAUUCACUACCUCCUGAAACCUAAGGAUGUGGUACCGAAACCCACGAUAAAUUCAGGUCCAUCGAUUAAUCUAAUAGGUGCAAACAGUACACCGAUUACUUAUGUCAAUGGACACAAUGCAAGAUCAGAACAAGCAACGGCAAAGAAAGGAUCGGUGCUAUAUACUUUGAUCUGUAAGAUUCUUGGAAUUCCGUCUUCACUCGUGUAUCAAGCUAAUACAUGCAAGAAUAAAAUUUGGUCUUGUGUACCGAGAAUGUCAUUUUGGGGAAGAGAUAAUUCACCGAAUUUGCAGGAAGAAAUGUCUUGUUCCUAUUUACCCUCGAAGAAAACUCGAGAAGAAUUAAUUACUGAUUAUGCGGGUCGCUACCCAAAUGUGUCAGAUGAUCUCACGCCUCUAAUGGCUGAAUCUCCUAAUUUAACCCAUGAAAUUUACGAUCACUACGAUGAAAGCGUAGAUCUCGUCGAUGCAUCAGAGCUACGACGCAGAGUUCGAAGAAAUGGAUCUGUUGCUAGAAAUGAGUUCGUUUAUCCACCCUCACCUUCGAGAAGUAACACGCCUUCAAUGAAUGGUUUCAACAAAAAUCAGUGCGGGGCAAUGACAAGAACUGGAAAAAGGUGCCGUCUCAAUUCAACCCUUGGACAAAAUUUCUGCCACCGACACAGUAAUGGAUCUUCCAUGAUAGGUGACUAGACAUGGUGACGAUCGCGGUAGCGUAGGGUCAUUGAAAUCUUGUUCACAGAGAAAUAGUCUCUGAAGAUAAUCAAGACGACCUUCUAGAAAACUGUGAGUUUUGAAGCUAGUGAAUAUUACCAAUUGAUCAUUACAGGUAUCUCUUAGGUGAAGCUUUUUACUUAUACUGAAAACAAUCUCGUCAUAAUUUGAGCUUAGGAAUGAACAAAUUUGUUUACUGCAUAUCUAACAUUUUUUAUAUUCUAAUAAUAACACUUCAAUUAAUGUUACGAAUUAGCUAGUAAAUAUUUUUAUAUCGAUUGUAAUUGUAGUCUUUCAUUUUCACGAUACUUUGCAGAUAAUUAUUGCCAUUUACGGAUGUGGUAAUUAUUAAAGAAUCGUAAAUUUUAUUUCAUCUCUGAAGUGCUCAUGUGGUUCUGUAAGAAAUAGGAACUACGUCAGAAGUGACUUGACAAAAAAAUUUCUACAAAAAAAUUAAAAAAAAUAAAAAUAAAAAUAAGCAAAAAAGACAACGAUAAUUAAUACACUUGAAAAUAUUGUCAUAAAUAAGAUUCAAGUAGCUUUGAAAAUGAUUCUAACCACUAACAAAUUAGAAAUAAUAAUUUAAUCACCCGAAUAUGUUGAUGGUUUGAAUGAAUAAAAUAUCAGAGUGGCGGAA